GGAGACGAGCCGCGUCGAAUCCGGUAUGUCUAUCCUUUGCUCGAUUCCCACGUUCCCGAUUGAUGUUUCGAAAUCACGCCAGCUCUUUGCAUUGCAAUCCAAGGAAGAUGCUUCUCAUCAGCGAAUGUUACUGAUAUGUUCGCGAAACAAUUACUGACAUGUCUAUUAAUAGCCCCUAAAUGGAACGACCACGAAUGCCUCCGCGAUGACCGCUGCGGCCCAGGCCUUCUUGAAGAACCAGGCUUCGAAUGCAUCCCUCUCAUCCGCCGCGGCGGCUACUGCUCUACGAUCCAGGCCUACGACUCCUACGAGCGUCGCAGACGUACAGACCAAGCGGACUCUCCGAAGAAGUGGUUCGACAUCAUCGGUGGGAAGCUCAGUCGCUGGAUCAUCGAAAGGACAAUCCCGGCCACAAUUGGAAAGGAGAGGAAGCUCUUCCUCGAUGACUGAACGCACAUUCCGGGAUCCUUCGCCUUCACGAGGAGUACCCAGUGCAGCGGAUGCGCCACCGGUUCCGGCCAUUCCCAAGAACAUCCCGCAAGCUCCGUUGAUACCACAGAAAUCGCAUCGACGAGCAGCAAGUCUGGAAGCGCCUCCCAUGAGGAUAGCAUCUCCCCCACCGAAUAAGGCCAACGGACGAGGAUCCAGCCUAGGCGGAGCGACACAACCUUCCAGGAGAGCCGGGCAGAGGAUGUCGAGCUUAUCGAGUGUUCAAGAGCUUGAGCGACCAGCAAGUAGAGGGGCAAAUACUGCAAGAAUUGUUUCUCCUACUAAUCAAAAUCUGAUCUAUGACCCAAAUACAAGAAGCUUCCUUCCAGAAGCGCAAAUAUUAGCAAUUGAACAGAGGAUACAUAGCGCGUCUCAGCAACCAGUCAAGAAGAAGAAACGACUGCCACCAUCAGCAGGGACGCAUUUGGCCGAUGGCACUGCUGGAGGCAGGCCGAAAGGCACAUUUGUCGAUGCGUUGGAAGCAGCGGAGCAGCAGAAAGCUGUUCAACAAGCGGCUCCAGUUCCUCAGCCUCAACCUGAACCUCCUGCGCCUGUGCAAGCGCCUAUACCCGAACCUGUAAAUGCGGCGCCGCCAAAGAAGAAGAAAAAGAAGAAGGUGGUUGUGAGCGACUCCGAGAGCGACCAGGCUUCUUAUGUUCCAAAUUCUUCCGACAACGACAGCGAUAUUAGUACCCAACCUUUCAAUACUCGAGCAGGGGCUCUUUUGGCGAAGAAGCCAUCAAUCGUACGAGAAGAUAGGGAAAGGGAGGAGAAGGAAGAUGAUACACCUACAAGGGCACAGAAACUGGCGAGGCUGGAUACCACUCCAGAACCAAGGCAUGCUUCACCAUCACCAUUACCUCGUUCAAUGGCUGGGAGAGGUCAAGGUCGUGGACAGGCCUCGGCGUCUGCAGCAUUUGCUCAAGGGAGACAGCAUGCACGAUCUGCCAGUCAGCCUGCCCCAACUGAGGAAAGUCCUACAAAGGAAGGCGUUGGACUAGUUACAAGAGACAGUGUUAGAGGAGGUAGAGUACAUUCUGUGAGUCCAAUGCGGACGACCCACUUUGCUAGAACUCCGGAAAACCUGGUUGUAAAGCACCAGCCUCCUGCUCGAUCGAUAUCGCCACGGAAGUCUGCCAUGAAACAUUCCAACUCACCACGCGGUCCUUCUCCAGUCGAGGGUAUGUCAGGGGCCAACGAAACAAAUCUCAGUGAAGCAUCUAAUGGCUCAGCUGUGGUUCCAGAAGGUCUUGCUCCACGAAAGAAAGCCAAUCGGGUCAGUUUUGACGAAACGAAUGUGGUUGUUGGUCAAGCAGCAACUCCAGUUGUCACGGAUUCGCCAGUUGUUCUCAGCCCUCAGACGAAAUCGAAAUGGUUUAGUAUUGGCCGUGGAAAGAAGAAGGAAACGCCAGUGCUAGAUGAGGAUGACAGUGAGGUGAUGAAGCCUCGACCGGCCUUGCCAUCAUUUGGCAGUGUUCGAGAGAAGAAACCUAACCGCGAGAUCGAAGAGCGUCCUCUGGUGAAGCCAGCCGAACCAACAGAAGCCAAAUUGCCCCCAGCUUCUCCACCGAUCUUCACGUCACCUACUGGCGAGGUUAUUGAGAACCCAUUCGGGCAAUCAAACGAUCAUGUGGUAGGAGCUGUCAUUGCACAAGACGCUGCAACUAAGAAUGCCGCCAACAUCUCGAAAUCGCGUGAACCAUUACCUCCACAGGUAACAUCUGUUGAGGGUAGUGGCUACAACUCAGACAGUGAUAGCAGCUUGUACAGUGUUGAGAAUCGCAAGACAAACAUCGGUGUCACUAGAGCUGAUAGUGUGAAACGGGGCCCUGAAGAUGGUGAUGCCGAUUCGUACAGAGCACUGGCAUCACCACUGGCACACGAAAUCGAAACACCAACGGAGAAGGGUGAAGCAGAGGCUAUGAAUGGUGCAAAUACCGAUAUUCCUGAGAUUGCUGUUUCCCAAGCUACGCCAACUCUUGAGAGUACUGAGUCGAAAAGAGAAUGGCCAGACAUGCCAGGGUCAUGGGGCCAGUCGAGUUCAGAUUCUGGUAGCCAAGAACGAGAUGAUGCUGAAGUCCCAAUCGUGGAACACCAGGCUACGGAGCCAACACUUGCAGAGCAGGGCAUCACUGAACCAGAUGAAGAGACGCCUCGCGCCGGGUCUCCAAUUUUAGGUGAAAUUGCUUCUCGCAAUUCUAUCAUAUUGGAGGAGCCAGAAGAGUCAGAUGCUAGUAUCUACAGCGAUGCAGCUGAAGACUUCUCGGAUGUUGAAGGCAGUGGGUUUAUGUCUCUCGACGCUGUUGUGGACACUCCGGUCAUCAACACCAAUAUACCUGGACUCGCCAUCUCGACUCCUCCUGACAGUCCUACGACGAAAGUCACAAAGGAGAAGGCAUAUAAAAGGUCACAGCUGUCAAGGAAAACAAGUGAGCCAGACAUGGAUGAAGGUUGGGACAAAGUGCAAGCUUAUUGGAGUACACUUUCCGCCGACAAGAAACUCCAAUUAGAGCAAGAGGCUCGUGAAGAGGCCGAAGGCUCUGAUACAGAAGUCGAGGCCAAGCCAGCACCAAAGCCUAAGAAGAAAAAGAAGGUGGCUGUCAAACCAGAGCCAGUCGAACCCGCUCCUCAACAACAGCAGAGUGUCAGCAACGAGAGGACUUAUAUGAUUCAACCUGGUUCAAAGGCAGGUCCAAAUGGCCAUACUUCCAUGAAGACAUCCAUGCGGGAGCAACCUGCAAAUACAGAACCUGAGCCUCAAAUACGGAAGACGAUGCGUGGGCCAGGAUCAAUGCGUGGUUCACUGCGUACCGAAGCUGAACCCAAAGGAUCAUUGCAGAAGAAAUAUCGGCCCAUGUCAUACCCUCCUGCUGAGUCUCAAGCAAAUCCUGCCGAUGUCAAGAAGCAUGUCCGCAAUCUGUCCGCAGCAAGUGCAGCAGCUGCUCAAGGCGCUGCGAAACGAGACAUGGCACCACCAGCACCCCCUCUCCGUAGAAAGGGCUCUGCAGGAAGUGACAGUAGCUUCAAGAAGGCUAAACGCGGCAACGAAAUCCCAAGCUUCAGAACGUCAAUGCGUGGAUCUGUUGAAAGCAACCCAGCUCCUCGACCACAAUCUCCGGCACAAUCGAGUCGAUUUAGUCUCCGUUCAUUAUCCCCCACUGGAUCCGCUUUCCGUCGGUCUUUCAACAGCGGAGCUGCACCGCAAGUUGGUCUGUCUGAGACGCACAUGCGAAGUUCGAUGCGUUCUUCCUAUGACACAACUCCGUCAAUGAGGAACAAGCCACCAGGAACGAAGACUGGUGGAUUUGGUCGAUCAGCACCCCAGAAGACAAAGCAAAAGCCCACUCGGAAACUGGCAAGUCGUUUCGCAGACUCGAGUGAUGAAGAGGAAGACCGACCUGCAUUCCGAAGCCGCUUCAACGAUUCAAGUGAUGAUGACGAACCAGCUCCACCGCCGCCAUCCGCAGGUCGGACAAUGCGCAAUAGUGCUCCUGUUCGCGGGAUACCUAAACGCUCCGGCCUUCAGGAUGGAGAUUCAAGUGACCUCCCUGACAGCGACGAUGAGAAGCCCACAUCUCCAGGCCUCAAGCUCUCGAAGAGACAAAAUGGUAAUGCAACUCGGCCAACCAAAGAAGGAGCAACGCUCGCAUCUGGCUCUCUUCGCCGGUCUGGUUCAGGCCGUGGUACGAUCAGCUCACCCACCACUACGGAAUUCACCCCACGGCCUGGUCAUUCUCGCCGCGGCAGUUUCAUGUCGAUACUCCGCCGCAAGAAACCUGAUUCCGCGUCUCGAGUACGUAAAUCAGACGCCGAGUCUCCUGCUAGGAGAGACACGCCUCUCGAGAGGAGCAAAUCCGACUUGCAAGCUCUCCGCACCGAGCCAGCACCAUCCCCCAGACUACAAAAACGCAACCCAAUGAGUCGAGACAACAGCGGCGCCUGGCCUCUCCCCGCCGGUGAAGCACCGAAAGCACAUUCCCUACUCGUCGGCAAAGCAGGCGAAGAUGGCCGACCUUUCACAGCUGACGGAGCUGAUGGCGUGGUCGGUGGUGGUGGCGGGCGCGAGAAGGGUCAGCUUACCACGAAUGGCGAUGGGAGACCUGAUCUCGGGACGAGGAGGUUUACGGCUACGGGACUGGCGGGGGUGGAUCUCGCUGCUAUUAAUGGGAAUGGUGGGAUUGUGGGGGAGAAGGCGAGGAAGAAGAAGAGGUUUGGGAAGUUGAGGAAGAUGUUUAGGUUGGAUGAUUGAGCGGAUGGAUGACCUGGGUGGGGUUGUUUGGAGGGAGGAGAUUAUGGAAAAUAACAUACAGAUAGGCAGACAGAUACCAUUUCCUUGUGUUCUUUGUAUUGCGAAUUUUUUGAUUUUCUAUGGCAUGGAUCGUUGGAUUUGGAGGGUUGGGGCGGUGUUGGGUUGGUGGUGUUGGGCUGGGUUUGAGUCCAGGAUUCUCUAUCUGGCCUGGAGAACACCCGCGCGGGAAUGGGGGGAAAUCAUUGCAUGUCAGGGGGCGUUUCCCCCGUACUCAUUGUUGUCUUAUCUCACAGCACGAGAUGAGAUUAUUUCGUUUUCCCUUCUAUGUUGUUUUAUGCUCCUUUUUGAGAUGCUGAGAUGCAGAGAUGUUAGCAAGCAUCUGCGAUUGAUCUUCUCUACCUCCUCCUUGCUUCUCUUUCUUGUAUGAAAAGCGAGGAAAGAGGAAAGUGGGGAAGGUUUGGGGGCGAUGGAAGGGGAGGGGGUUCGAUUCGAGUAUAUGGAUUGGCAGGUAUAUUAUAUGAUGGAAGGUACGGGGCAGAGGUGUGUGGACUUGUACGAGCUGAGAAGGGAAGAGACGAUAUGAGGGGCAUGCGCGAGUGAGGGAGGUUGGAGGGUGGUGGAGGUAAUAAUAAUCAGUCAGGAUGAACGAAUGGAAUGGAGGGAGAAGUGGGAUACUACAUGCCAAAUUUGAGGAUCCCAGGACGGAUGAGAUGAGAUGAGAUGAGAGAUGUCAGAUACAAGACGAAAGUUGAAAGUUGAAAGUUGACAAUAAAAUACCAUG